AUGCUUGAAGGCGACGUUGGCGACGUAUCUGCCGCCGCAACGGAAGUGAAUGUGGCCCGCCUCCUCGCAGCGGCGGCGAACUGCCGUGAGGGGCUGGCCGUCGCCACGAUUCGGCUGCGGCUCCUGCACAACUCGACUGAGUCGCACGCGGGGUGGAGCCGGCGGGAAAAGGACGUGCUCCUGCUGUGCCUUGACCGCGCCGUGUCGCGCGUGUACCCGCCGCUUGACCCGCUGCAGUACACGCAGGCCCCGCCGGAGUUCCUCCUGGAGGACGGAGCACGUGUGGUGCGCCUGCGCCUUACGCCCUCUGCGCGGUACUCGUCCGCCGCCACGGUGCCCCAUCGGGUGGAGGGCAAAUGUCCGCCGCCGCGGACGACACCGGCCGACGCCACAAGCAGUGACGAUGCCCCUGUUGUUGAUGCAGCGGCGGCGAGGGGAGAGUGCGGGGGUGACGAGGAUGCGGCGGCGCUCAUGCGGCGUCGUUGGAGGAAGGCUGCGUGGAUGACGGCCCGCAUCUUCAACGAGGGCGGUUGGUAUCCUGCAGAGCAAAGGCCUGUCAAGGUUCCUACCGAGACAGUUGGGUGUAUGCGCAGUGGUGCGAGCAGCGAGACCGUCCUCGACGUCGCCGCACGCCUCAAGGAAAGACGCCUUCUUCACGCGGAUGCCUUUGGAAUGGAAUUUAUCGGGCUCAUUGUGGCGCUCACGCCGCGCUACGCGUACGUCGCGGUGCCGUUUCUCCAGGACGGGCAGGCCUUGCCGCAGUGGUCGCUCGUCAGCCGUGUGGGCGUGCCAUCGCUGCUGGCGGAAGCGGCGGCAACGCUCACACGAAAGCGCGAGAGGAGCGAGUGCGCAACAGGUGGUUUCGUGCUUUUUUUAAACGAAGAAGAGUUAGUGGCACACGAUGUGGGACCGCUAAAUCGUCUCCAGCCAGAUCAGUGCGUGCGGGUGGUACUGCGGGCGCACAAGGUGUACUGCAAGCAGCAGCGCACGCUGCUCGGCGGCCCGGCCUCGCUUUCGCUUGCCUUUGAGGAUGCCGCCGUUCUUUCCUGCACCGCCGUGGAGGAUCAAACAAAUUUGCUGGAGUCGCUUUCGACAUAUUUGGACUUACUGCAGAUUGUGCGUGCAAGUUGUGCGCGGUUUCUGCGGGGCUACAGUAAAUACAUGGGGACGUCUGCCAACAGUGCCGAGGCGCGGCUGUUCACUGCGGUCACCGACACCGUCUCGGUUCACAUGAAAAAGUUGCGCGGGCGGGAGGGUCGGUCGCCUGUGACGGUGGCGUCACCGCAGGAGAUUCCAUCGCUGCUGGAGGGGACGUGCGUCGAGUUCAAGGCGAAGAUCGACAAGUGGCGGCGGGACGGUCCCGACGACGCGGCGCCGGGGCAGCGGAGGCACGCAAUCGUGAAUCUGGAGCGGAUCCGGCACACGGUCGCCGCCAUGGCCUCCACGCUGGGCGGCGUCCUCCUCGUCGGCGUCGCCGAUGACGGAGAGGUGAUUGGCCACGCGAGGGGGGCGCUGAAGGAGCUGCGCCUCUCUGGCUUUUGCCCGGCGAUGGUGAAGGGCAGCGUCACGGUCACUGAGAUGCGUGCAGUCCGGGGCGAGCGCCCAACGACGAUGCCAAAGGACUGGUGGAAGGCGGCGAAGCCGCAGCCGCGCGAGCAGCAGGAUUCGGAAGAUGCCGCGGAUCGUGUCGUGACCGUCGUCACGGUGCGACGCGGACCGGCGCCCUUCUACACGACGUCGCGUUACUCCGUCCCGUACACGCGGGGGUUUGCCAGCACCGUCCCGCUGCAUCUUGUCGUCUGCGCGCGGCGCAUCGCCGACCUCCUGCCGUAG